AUGAGCUCCUUCCUCGAGUACCCCGUCCUCGGCGGCGAGGCGGGGGGCUGCGCCGCCCGCGCCUACCACCCCGACCACGGGAUUACAACUUUCCAGCCCUGCGCCGUCAGCGCCGGCAGCUGCAGCGGAGAGGACCGCUUCCUGGCGGGCCGCGGGGUGCCCAUGAGCCCCCACCGCCACCACCACCACACCCCGGCCCAGCCCGCCGCCUACCAGCACCACGGAGGGCUGGGGGUGUCCUACGCGCACCCCGGCUGCGGCCCGACCUACAGCGCGCAGGGCUUCGGACCGGCGUACAGCCCCUACCCCCUGGGGCAGGACGCGGAGCUGGCCGGCGGCUUCCCUCCCUGUGCCCCCGCCGUGUACUCGGGGAGCAUCUCCUCCUCCGCCGCUGCGCAGCACCCGCUCCCGCACCAGGGCUACUCGGGGGCCCCCGCUCAGUACGUGCCUCCCCCUUACGGGCAGGAGCAGCAGAGCCUGCCCCUGGGCACCUACAACCAUGCCCUGUCUCCCCUCCACGCUGGCCACCGGGAAAACGCCCGCUCCCCCUCCACCGAGACCUCGCCGCCGGCGCAAACCUUCGACUGGAUGAAAGUGAAAAGAAAUCCACCCAAAACAGGCAAGGCUGGCGAGUACGGCUUCGUGGGGCAGCCCAACACCGUCAGAACUAACUUCACCACCAAGCAGCUCACCGAGCUGGAGAAGGAGUUUCAUUUCAACAAAUACCUGACCAGGGCCAGGCGGGUGGAGAUCGCCGCCUCCCUCCAGCUCAACGAGACGCAGGUGAAGAUCUGGUUCCAGAACCGGCGGAUGAAGCAAAAGAAACGGGAGAAAGAGGGGCUGCUGCCCAUCUCCCCCGCCACCCCCACGGGCUGCGAGGAGAAGGCGGAGGACUCGUCGGAGAAGUCCUGCUCCUCGCCCUGCAGCGCCUCUCCCGCAUCCUCCGCCUCGGACACGCUCGCUGCCUCCAACUGA